UGCAACACGCGAGCAACAAGUAUCAAGUAGCAGCGACAAUGGGCAUGGAGAGGUACGCGGGCCGCGUCGCCCUGGUAACGGGCGCCAGCUCCGGCAUAGGAGCCGCCAUCGUGCAGGCGCUGCUCCGGAGGGGACUCACCGUCGUCGGGCUGGCCAGGAGGGUCGACAGGGUCAAGGCUCUAGAGCUGAAGGACGCCCCCGGUAAACUUUACGCUAUUCAGGGUGACGUCAGCAGCGAGGACAGCAUCCUCUCGGCAUUCAAGUGGAUCAGGGAAAACCUGUCCGGCGUCGACAUUUUGAUUAAUAACGCCGGCUUGGGAAAUGGUCAUGAUUUGACAUCUGGUAAGACGGAAGAGUGGAAGCGCAUCCUGGACGUGAACGUGCUGGGUCUGAGCAUCUGCACCAGGGAGGCCGUGCAGGACAUGCUCAGGAGGGGCGUCGACGACGGCUUCAUCAUCCACAUCAGCAGCAUAGCGGCGCACGUGCCACCGCUGGCCCCCCUCAUUUCGAUGUACGCAGCGAGCAAGCACGCCGUCAAGGUGCUGCUGGAAGGACUCCGGAAGGACCUGGUCGCCAGGAAGAGCAAGAUCCGCGUUGGAGAAGUUUCUCCAGGAUCUGUGAGAACUGAGUUCGCCAAAAACUUCCCUGGGGUUCCUGCGGAUCACUAUGACAAGAAUCCCUGCCUGGAGUCGGAAGACGUGGCGGAGGCCGUUGUCUACAUGCUGUCGCAGAACCUACGAGUGCAGGUUCAUGACAUCAUUGUCUACCCAAACGGCAGCAGAUACUGAAGGCGUCACCGUUCCUGUAUUACAUUAAUUUAUACUAAAUAAAUGUCUAAUAACCAGUAUUUUAUUCAUAUUGUGAAUAGUAACUAUCACACAAGGCAAAGUUCUCGCUCUCAGGACUUUUAAAAUUAAUGUGCCACACCAUACUUACACCUCAUACCGCAUUUGGAAAUGAAAUCACAUCAAUCUCGUAACAAGAAGCUACAUCCAGUUUCUUCUUUUUACCAUCAUAAGAAACAGAAAACAGAUUACUCAUUUUUGUAACCUCACACAAAAUAAAUAAAAGAACCCCGUCUUUUUAACUGUUUAAAGAGAACUACAGCUACUUCAAUCAUGCACAAAAAUGAUUAACAAUUCUUCAAGAUACAGAAAUUGAAACAUUACUGGAU